GUUCCGCCAUGGUGAAGUUCCUUAAGCAGGGGAAGGUUGUCAUUGUUUUGAACGGCCGCAUGGCUGGAAAGAAGGGAAUCAUUGUUAAGACCUUCGACGAUGGCACCGACGGCAGAAAAUACGGACAUGCCAUUGUAGCGGGCAUCGACAGGGCGCCAUUGAAGGUGAAGAAGUCCAUGUCCGAGAAGAAGGUCCAGAAGCGCUCCCGUGUCAAACCCUUCUUGAAACUUGUCAACUUCAACCAUCUCAUGCCUACCCGUUAUUCUGUCGAUGUUGACUUCAAGCCCAUGGGAAUUUCCCCAGAAGUAGUUACCAACCCGUCCAAGAGGGAGGAGGCCAGAAAGGCUAUCAAGCAGGCUUUCCAGGAGCGAUACACACAGGGAAAGAACAGGUGGUUCUUCAGCAAGCUCCGAUUCUAAAUUCUUUUGCCCUGGAAUCUUGAAAUAAUGUAAGAUUUUUUGGAAA